AUGGGAAAGUCAGAUUUCCUCAGCCCCAAGGCCAUCGCCAACCGCAUCAAGUCCAAGGGGCUGCAGAAGCUGCGCUGGUACUGCCAGAUGUGCCAGAAGCAGUGCCGCGAUGAGAACGGCUUCAAGUGUCACUGCAUGUCCGAGUCCCACCAGAGGCAGCUGCUGCUGGCUUCUGAAAAUCCUCAGCAAUUCAUGGAUUACUUCUCUGAGGAAUUCCGAAAGGAUUUCCUGGAAUUGCUCAGGAGGCGAUUUGGAACAAGGCGAGUCCUCAAUAAUAUUGUGUACAACGAGUACAUCAGCCAUCGGGAACACAUCCACAUGAACGCCACGCAAUGGGAGACACUCACUGAUUUCACAAAGUGGCUGGGAAGAGAAGGUCUUUGCAAGGUUGGUGAGACUCCUAAAGGCUGGUACAUUCAGUACAUCGACAGGGACCCAGAGACCAUCCACAGGCAGCAAGAACAAGAGAGGAAGAAGAAACACGACCUUGAUGAUGAAGAAAGAACUGCUAAAUUAAUUGAACAACAAGUUAGAAGAGGUUUGGAGGGGAAAGAUGUGGAAAUGCCAGUCUAUACUGAAUUGAAUAGAGAAAAUGAAGAAGAAAAAGUUACAUUUAAAUUAAACAAAGGAGCAAGGACUUCAGUUGCAGCAUCUUCUAAAACAAGUGUCCUUGGACAGAAUGCACUGAAGAUGGUGGAGGGUGCAGUGAAAAGAAGACAAGCAGAUCAUUGCUCUGGUCAGCCCAAAGAGAAAAAGAAGAAAUCUGCACUUGAAGAGAUCAUGGAGCUUGAAGAGGAGAAGAAAAGAACAUCUCGAAAAGACUACUGGUUACAGCCUGAAAUAAUUGUAAAAAUUGUAACAAAACAGCUUGCAGAGAAAUACCACAAGAAGAAGGCAGUUGUUAAGGAAGUGAUUGACAAAUACACAGCAAUUGUGAAGGUGAUUGACUCUGGGGACAAACUGAAGCUUGAUCAGACACAUCUAGAAACUGUAAUACCAGCACCAGGCAAGAAAGUACUGGUAUUAAACGGUGAGUACAGGGGAAAUGAAGGCAUUUUGGAAUCCAUCAAUGAGAAGAGGUUUUCAGUGGCAAUAACCAUAAACUCGGGACCUUUAAAAGGGCGCAGAGUCGAAGAUAUCCAGUAUGAAGAUGUUUCCAAACUUGCCUGA